AUGGGUUGUUCACCAACCACAUUCAUUUUGGUCGCGCUUUUCGGCUCGAGUUCAUGGAUGGGAACGAACAGUGUGUGGAUGCAGCUACCGCUGCUGACUUCGGAAUUGCCAGAGCACUGGAAUUUGCCCAGUUAUUUAGCGGGAGUGGUGCAGAUCGCUUGCAUCGUUCCCCUGAUCUACACUAUCCUUCACAAAGGUGUCAAAUCCUUCACCAUCCCAACACCUCCACUGAUCAUUGCUCUUCUCUCCCUCGCCUGUUGUUGCCAACUCGGCCUCGCAUUCUUCUGGAACAACUACUCCAAUGUGUUCGGCGCCGCCCGUUCAUGGCCUCUCUACUCUCUACUCUUCGGUCUAGCGAUAGUAAACGCCAUGUCGAAUGUGCUCUUUAUGCCAUUUAUGGCACAAUUUCAUCCGGCCUAUUUGAACGCCUACUUUGUUGGAAUGGGUCUGAGCUCUCUGAUGCCCAGUUUGCUCUCUCUUGCUCAAGGAACAUCGAAAUUCAAGUGUGAUGAUGAUGGUGUCGCGGAGAGAUUUCCUCCGAAUUUCUCCGUUUCCAUUUUCUUUUUCAUCAUUUUCACAUUCACCUGCGUUGCACUAGCCGCUUUCAUCAUUCUCUACCGAUCCGGAGCUCAUACGCACGCUGAGAAUUCUAGAAAAAAUAGGAAAGAGCCAAAUGAGGGAACGCCGCUGAAGAAGAGUCAGAAGACGUCGCCAGAAGACAUUGAUGAUGAUGAUGAAACGCCAAUAAAUUUGCACGAGACGGGCGCGACAGCCAUCGAUGCGAUUGUGUCGGAAUUAGAUGAAUCGUAUCGCGAGGUGGUUCCGCAAAAUUCGGUGUCGAAAAAUGAAAAACUGGAAGAAGAAACCGAUGAAAAUGAGCGCUCCUCGAUAUGCCACGACACGGAACUGCACCAAAUCGACUAUAUCACUGGCGUCAAAUUCACUUUCCUUCUAUUCACAACAGCGCUUGUGAAUGCGCAAAUGAAUGGAAUCAUUACGAGUGUACAGAGCUAUGCGGCUCUUCCUUAUUCACAGGCCACCUAUCACUUCGCUGUCACUCUAUCCAACGUCGUCUCGCCACUCUCAUCGUUCCUUCCAUUCUUCGUCAGCGUUCGAAGUAUUCCGGUGCUCGCCGUGCUCACCGCGUGCAGUUCGGCGAUGACCGCGUUCAUUGUCUACCUGGCGGCACUGUCGCCGAAUUUGAUUUUCGGUUCGGUGGCGAUUGGAAGCGCUCUUUCGAUCGGCGGCUCUCUAAUCGCUGCCGGCCUCCACUCGUACCUUCGCGUCGUGUUCGCCUCACUACUCCGAGAAGGACAUCAGAGUGAAUCGAGGCUGUUCUGGUGUGGAGUUUUUAUUCAGAUCGGCUCAUUCGUCGGCUCGGCCGUCAUGUUCCCACUGGUCAACAUUGCCCAUUUGUUCACUUCUGCGCCACAAUGCCGACCGAUUAUUUCCUAA